AUGGGAAGUAAAGUUUUGUUGGAGAUAUCACCAACAUUUCCUUUAGAUAUGUUGAAUGCAUUGAAAGAAAGAUUAAUUGCAAGUCAUGAAGGACGUACUCCUCUUCAUUAUGCAGCAGUCAUACCAGAUGAAGGAUAUUUAUAUAAAAUCAUAAAAGCUCAGGGAGCCGACGAAAACAUCAAAGAUAGUAUUAAUGAUUCAUCAAUGAGUCUUGCAUGUUCAAGAAUAAUUCAUCAGUGGACAGAUGUGGCAUGCAAAGCAUUGCUUGAAAAAACCUACUUUACUCAUUUGUCUAAACAACUUUCAGGAGAUAGCAUAGUAAUAAAUGAAUUGUUGAAAUACAUCUGGAGUCACUGGGAUCAUUUUGUCGAUGGUGUUCGACAUUAUUGUAAAGCUAUUUUUAAGAACAUUCUUACUAUGCAUUAUUUGAGUACAGGUGAAGGUAAGACAGUUUUUUUAAAUGCUAAUUAUGAAACAUAA